UCAGUCAUUGGUUCAAGUCCACCGCUCACCAACUUGCAAGAGAGAGGAAGACGCAGGCCCAGGCUGCACCACAGAACCGACUAUGGAGGAGCACCAACCCAAGCUGCCUCAAACGAGAGAAGAAUAUGCACAACACCUUAUCUCUCGAGUGAAGAGUGAAUUAAGAAAGAGCCCUUUUGUGUCAAAUGCGUUUUUUGGCUUCACCCUUCUGUGCGUGGAGGAGUUCACUGAGAGGGAGUUCGCAUGCCCCUGCGACACUGAGUGGAAUAGUCUGUUUGCAGCUGUAUAUGUAGUUGUACCUGCAGUUCUGGUCCUUCUGCUGAUGAUAUCCAUUAAAUGCUUCCAGAACAGGAUGGAUUUAAAGGAGCGUGUAGAAAGUUGUGUUUCCAUCUUUGUCCCUGCCAUAUUUUGGAUCAUCAUUGUGUUGUGGGAUGGCCAAACUUUGGCCUGUGGAUUGACAACCUGGUCAGGCAGUUAUGAGGAUUUAGACGAGGCUGCGCCUCAGAAAUGGUGUGAACCAGCCAACCUCACCUCAUCACAACAGUCUGAGUAUAAGGCCAAGACCCAGCGCUGGUUUUUCAUGUCUCAGGCCAUUGGAUUGGGGCUGAUUAUAACCAUCACUGCUUUUUUCAUAGUAUAUUUAAUCUGCAAAGGUUUAUGGGAGGGCUGUGGCAAGUGCUGCCGUAAUAAAGCCAAAAGAGAUCCAGACACUCCACUUCAAGACAUUUGAAAAUAGCACUAAGAAGAGAAAAUCAACACAACUUAAACAAGGAGACCGAAGACUUUGGAACUGAACGUAAAGUUAUAGAAAUCAUUUAUUAAAAUAAAUCAUGGAUGAAGCUUAGAAAAACAGUUUUGUUGUCAUUAAUCACAUUGUUGUAUUGAUAGGAACAAGUCUGAUAAUUAAGUAGCCCUUUUUGGUAAAAUAUAGUUUGAUGUGCAUCAGAAGAAAUGUAUCUGGAAUCUGUUUGCAUGUCUAAUGCCAACUUCUUCAUCUGGAGGCCACGUCAUGUCAGUACCUUGGAAGUGGAGAAGGGUGUGUACAUGUGUAAAUAACAAGUUCUGCAGAAACAGAUAACAU